AUGGGGAAGGAGAAAUCAGCAACGUCGCCGUCAGAAGGCACCGCUCCUUACGAAGGUUAUCCCUACAGAUCCCCUGGACCUCGUUACGUGGACGCGCCUUCUGUGAAGCCGGAUGACGUAGUUGCAUGGUCAAAGUAUCUCAAUUUACCUAAGAGACCUUUGAGGAUCGAUUCAGUGCCUUUAGGAGAUGGAGCCGGAAGUUCAGUGUCAUCUGAACCAUCUCGAUCACCAGGACCAAAUCCAUCGUCUUCAAAGGAGUUCGAACAGAGACCUGUGGUCUUCAUCGACAUACCAGAUGAAGGAAGCAGUGGAGUCUCUAUGACCAGGGAGCCUGAUCAGGAACCUGAUUUUGUACAGGAAACAAUCUUCUAUGACCCGUUUAAGGAUCGUCGGAUUGACACCCCUGACUCCAGCCCUGGGACCACCACUCCGCGCAGUGGACCUGCCAGACCGGAUUAUCUGAGUCUAGCUUCUCCUGGAUCUUCUGGACCUGGAACCUCUCAUAGUUCCAGCAUUCCCCACUACAUGUCCAAAGAAACAUUCAUAUACGGUGGCGAUACACCCAAUGACUUCGACGUUUCGCCGUUAAAUAUCCCUGCACCGCCUUCCUAUGACUCGAUAAACCGUGAGGAGGACAGACAGAGACAGGAGAAUACUGUGGAGACAUCACCGCCGCCAGAGAGACCAGUCGAACCCCCUAAAACUGAUGUUAUUGUGCCUGGGCAGACUACAAUUACUAUAAACGGAAACAACGACAACGUCGUGGGACUUCCACUGCCUGAUCGAAAGCUCCUCGUCUGUCAAUUCUGCGGUAGCACAGUUAAUACCCUGGUGGUGAAGGAGACAGGUUGCAUGAACCAUUUCUUUGCCUGCAUGCUCUUAUUUAUAUGUUUUUUCCUUUCACCUGUUGUGUACCUAUGGGACAGCUGCAAGUAUACCAACCACUAUUGUCCGACGUGCAAUGAAAAAGUAGCAUACGAGUCGCCUUGCCCUUGUAGUGGCCUGACAAUGAUACAAUAGAAAUUGGAGAAACACGACAAAGGAAGAAAAUUGCAGAAUUACAUACUAAAGCCAAUAUCGUUCUUGGCGUAAUUAAAAUCCACCGAGUAUAUAAUCGAAAUAGAGACGAAAUGUUAUUUAAUUUGUUUGGAAACUAUUCUGCCAAAUUAUUACGGUGAUAACUGCGCCCCAAUUGGCCAUUCCGAAUUCGAAACAAUUGAUGGGUGUCGUCAAUUGUUUCACUUCAAAUCGACCGACUUGAGGGUUGCUAUAGCGGAUGAAAAUUGCACAAUUACAUAUUUAAUUACCGAUGAAAUGUGAUUCCGUUUGUUUUGUAAUUAGAUGUUUUGCUGUUUUUCCCACACCACCGAAUAGAACAGCACGGCAUUGUUAGAGAUAUUAUCUUUAUUACAAUAAAUACAUAAUAUUUUUGGAAUAUACAAAAACGUAACACGCAGGUCAGUUGGUGGCGCUGUACUAUUUCAGUUUUCUAAUUUGUGAUUUCAGAUUUGACAUUCAAAAGUGAAAUAUAAGGCCCAUUUGCCUG